CGUCUCAAGUUCUCAACAGCCGGGGUGGGGAAGCCGAGAACUUGGCGGGAGAGGGGAGACGGCACAACUCGCCCUCCAGGGUCCUGAGACUUUCUCUGUCAUAGGUCGAGGCGCUGUGGAGUGACAAGAAUGAGGGCGGAGUGAAUGGAAUACUUAAGUGGCUGGAGACAUUACCCAGCAGAAUGCCCCCCUCCCCCCCAAAUGACUAUAAGCCAAGUGUCACCACGGCCUCGGCAGCCCGGCGCCUCAGCCGGGAGGAACGUCUGAGUCGAUUUGCGUUUGUGCGCGUCCCUCUCCCUAAGGCCCUGCAAGGGAAAUGUCGCCCCUGAACCCCGUCAUUUUCUGCAUCCGCAGGGCAGCCGGGCCAUGGCCUCCUCCGGAGCGACCGUACUGGGCAGGACGCCGCAGGGCACCGACCCCCGGGCGGCCUCUGCCAGCUUCCCCAGCCCGGCGGCCCCAGGGCCGGACCCCGGGGUGGCAGAGGAGGACGACGAGGAGGAGUCGGCGGCGGAGAUCCAUCUGUGUGUGCUGUGGAAUUCAGGAUUCCUGGGCCUGGCCUACUACGACACUAGUGACUCCAUUAUCCACUUCAUGCCAGAUGCCCCAGACCAAGAAAGCCUUAAACUUCUCCAGAGAGUUCUAGAAGAAAUCAAUCCUCGGUCUAUUGUUACCAGUGCCAAACAGGAUGAGAGUAUGACUCAGUUUCUCGGAAAUCUUGCCUCCCAGAAGAACAGAGUGCCUACGGAACCUGAAAUCAUAUUUUUGCCCAGUGUGGAUUUUGGUCUAGAGAUAAGUAAACAGCGCCUCCUUUCUGGAAACUACUCCUUCAUUCCAGACUCCAUGACAGCCACUGAGAAAAUUAUCUUUCUCUCUUCCAUCAUUCCUUUUGACUGCCUCCUCACGGUUCGAGCACUUGGAGGAUUACUCAAAUUCCUGGGUCGAAGAAGAGUUGGGGUUGAACUGGAAGACUAUAAUGUCAGCGUUCCCAUCUUAGGCUUUAAGAAAUUUGUGUUGACCCACCUGGUGAGCAUAGAUCAAGACACUUACAGUGUUCUGCAGAUAUUUAAGAGUGAGUCUCACCCAUCAGUGUACAAAGUGGCCACUGGAUUAAAGGAGGGGCUCAGUCUCUUUGGAAUCCUCAACAGAUGCCGCUGUAAGUGGGGUGAGAAGUUGCUCAGGCUAUGGUUCACACGUCCUACUCAGGACCUGGUGGAAUUAAAUUCCCGUCUGGACGUCAUUCAGUUUUUCCUGAUACCCCAGAAUCUGGAAAUGGCUCAAAUGCUACAUCAUUUGCUGGGUCACAUCAAGAAUGUACCUCUUAUUCUGAAACGCAUGAAGUUGUCCCACACCAAGGUCAGCGACUGGCAUGUACUCUAUAAGACUGUGUACAGUGCCCUGGGUUUGAGGGAUGCCUGCCGUUCCCUGCCUCAGUCCAUCCAGCUCUUUCAGGACAUUACCCUAGAGUUCUCUGAUGACUUGUACCACAUUGCCAGCCUCAUUGGAAAGGUGGUGGACUUUCAGGGAAGUCUUGCUGAAAAUCGCUUCACAGUUCUCCCCAACAUAGAUCCUGACAUUGAUGAGAAGAAACGAAGGCUGGUGGGACUUCCCAGUUUUCUCACUGAGGUUGCUUGGAAGGAACUGGAGAAUCUGGACUCACGCAUUCCUUCCUGCAGUGUCAUCUACAUCCCUCUGAUUGGCUUCCUUCUUUCUAUUCCCCGUUUGCCUUCCAUGGUAGAGACCAGUGACUUUGAGAUUGAGGGACUGGACUUCAUGUUUCUCUCGGAGGAGAAGCUGCACUAUCGUAGUGCUCGAACCAAGGAGCUGGAUGCAUUACUAGGGGACCUACACUGCGACAUUCGGGACCAGGAGACCCUGUUGAUGUACCAACUGCAGUGUCAAGUGCUGGCACGGGCAACUGCCUUGACCCGGGUGUUGGACCUUGCCUCCCGCCUGGAUGUCCUGCUGGCUCUUGCCAGUGCUGCACGGGACUAUGGAUACUCAAGGCCCUGUUACAAUCCCCGACUACUUGGGGUACGAAUCCAGAAUGGCAGACAUCCUCUGAUGGAACUCUGUGCUCGGACUUUUGUGCCCAACUCCACAGAAUGCAGUGGAGACAAAGGCAGGAUCAAAGUCAUUACUGGGCCCAACUCAUCAGGAAAGAGCAUAUACCUCAAACAGGUAGGCUUGAUCACAUUCAUGGCCCUGGUGGGCAGCUUUGUGCCAGCAGAGGAAGCCGAAAUUGGGGCCGUAGAUGCCAUCUUCACCCGAAUUCAUAGCUGCGAAUCUGUCUCCCUUGGCCUCUCCACCUUCAUGAUCGAUCUCAACCAGCAGAUGGCAAAAGCUGUGAACAAUGCCACUGAGCAGUCUCUGGUCCUUAUUGAUGAAUUUGGAAAGGGAACCAAUACGGUGGACGGGCUUGCACUUCUAGCUGCUGUGCUCAAAUACUGGCUGGCACUUGGACCCACAUGUCCCCACAUCUUUGUGGCCACUAACUUCCUGAGCCUCAUUCAGCUACAGCUACUGCCACAGGGACCUCCUGUGCAUUAUUUGACCAUGGAGACCUGUAAGGAUGGAGACGACCUUGUCUUCUUCUAUCAGGUUUGCGAAGGUGUUGCCAGUGCCACCCAUGCCUCGCACACGGCUGCACAGGCCGGGCUGCCCAGCAAACUCAUUGCUCGUGGCAAGGAGGUUUCAGAGUUUAUCUGCAGUGGGAAACCAAUUAAUCCUGUCAAAGAAUUGCUAAAAGAGAAGCAAAUAGAAAACUGCCAGACACUAGUGGAUAAGUUUCUGAAGCUGGAUUUAGAAGAUCCCAACUUGGACCUGGACACGUUCAUGAGUCAAGAAGUGAUGUCUGCUGCCACCAACAUCCUCUGAGAAUCCUUUCUCUGUCCCUCUGUCCUUCCAAAAACCCUGGUGCCCUUUUUGUUUCCAUAGCUCUUUCAGACCCAGAGUCCUCAGUUUCACUGGAAAUUUUGUUUCAUGUUAGGAAUAAAGACUACUUUGGGAAAAAUUAUUAUUUCCUUGGACCAGCCAAAAUAAGAUAGGAAAUGAAACACCAAAUAGGAAGCCACAAAGGGACCUGCUCUUUGCAGCAUUGAAAAGUGACUUGAGAGACUGGAACAAUAGUGCAGGGAUUAAGGUGCUUACUUUGAAUGCUUGAUUGACCCAGGAUUGAGACCCAGCACCGCAUGAUCCCGACCACUUCCAGGAAUGGCUUCUGAGCACAGAGCUCAAAAUAGCCCUUGAGCACUUCGGGGUGCACCCAAGCCCCCACACCCAAUAAUAAUAAUAUUAAGAUAGUGAUUCUAGGUGCCACUAUGGAGAGAUGGUUCACAAGGGUUUGAGUGCAUGCUUUGCCUGCAGGCCCUACUUUGAUUCCCAGUUCCACAUGGUUCCCCAAGCACCUCAGGGAACAACUCUCAGUACUGAGCAAGGAGUA